AUGGGAGGCAGUGUGGUCUGUCCGGAGCUACAGCAGGCAGGCGAGGAGGUGGACCGCUCAGAUGUAGUCGCAUUCACGCCUCUCAGCCUCAGUGCAUUCAGCCACAGCUUUUUGGAAAAGGAACGAGAAAAAAGGAAGCAUGAGAGAAUUCUGAGCGAAGAGCUUGUAGCUGCUGUGACCUACCUCAACCAGUUUUUGCCUCCCGAGCACACGAUUAUUUAUAUUCCGUGGGACAUGGCGAAGUACACCAAAAGCAAGCUGUGUAAUGUUCUAGAUCGCCUGAAUGUGAUUGCAGAAAGCGUGGUGAAGAAAACAGGCUUCUUUGUAAACCGUCCCGAUUCUUACUGUAGCAUUCUGCGGCCAGAUGAAAAGUGGAAUGAACUAGGAGGAUGCGUGAUUCCCACUGGUCGCCUGCAGACUGGUGUUCUUAGAACCAACUGUGUGGACUGUUUGGAUCGCACCAACACAGCACAGUUUAUGGUGGGGAAGUGUGCUCUGGCUUAUCAACUGUACUCCUUGGGCUUAAUUGACAAACCGAAUCUACAAUUUGAUACAGAUGCAGUUAGGUUGUUUGAGGAACUCUAUGAAGACCAUGGGGAUACCCUGUCCCUUCAGUAUGGUGGUUCCCAACUUGUUCAUCGUGUAAAAACCUACAGAAAGAUAGCACCGUGGACCCAGCACUCAAAAGACAUCAUGCAGACCCUAUCUCGAUAUUACAGCAAUGCCUUUUCAGAUGCUGACAGACAAGAUUCCAUUAAUCUCUUCCUGGGAGUUUUCCAUCCUACUGAAGGGAAACCUCAUCUCUGGGAACUCCCGACAGAUUUUUAUUUGCAUCAUAAAAAUACCAUGAGACUUUUACCAACAAGAAGAAGUUACACUUACUGGUGGACACCAGAGGUAAUAAAACAUUUACCACUGCCUUAUGAUGAAGUUAUCUGUGCUGCAAACUUAAAGAAGUUAGUAGUGAAGAAAUUUCACAAAUAUGAAGAGGAGAUUGACAUCCACAAUGAGUUCUUUCGACCAUACGAGCUGAGUAGCUUUGAUGACACCUUUUGCUUGGCUAUGACGAGUUCAGCACGUGACUUCAUGCCUAAGACCGUUGGUAUUGAUCCAAGUCCGUUUACUGUACGUAAGCCAGAUGAAACUGGAAAAUCAGUAUUGGGAAACAAGAGCAACAGGGAAGAAGCUGUGUUACAGCGGAAGACGGCUGCCAGCGCCCCACCGCCGCCCAGCGAGGAGGCCGUGUCCAGCAGCUCGGAGGACGACUCGGGGACCGACCGGGAGGAGGAGGGCUCCGUGUCCCAGCGCUCCACGCCAGUGAAGAUGACCGACGCGGGCGACAGCGCCAAAGCGACAGAGCAUGUAGUGCAGCCCAUGAAAGAGGUGUAUGGAAUCAACCUCUCAGAUGGCCCCUCAGAAGAAGAUCUUUCCAUUUAUUUAAGAUUUGUGCAGCUGGGGCAGAGUCAACAUAAACAAGACAAGAGCAGCCAGCAGUUCUGUUCCAGGUGCCCAGAUGGAGUUAUAAAAUUAACACCUAUCUCUGCUUUCUCCCAAGACAACAUCUAUGAGGUUCAGCCUCCAAAAGUAGACCGAAAGUCUACAGAGAUCUUCCACGCCCACAUCCAGGCCAGUCAAGGUAUCAUGCAGCCCCUGGGGAAAGUAGACACCUCCAUGUAUCGAGAAUACAUCAGGAACCGCUACCUGUGAGGAGAGAGCAGGUCCCCGCAGGUGGCCCAGAGGGGGACCAAAAUCCCACUUACUUACAUUCUAACCUGUUUGUCUCAUCUUAAAAAGGUAAUUUCCCAUCAGUCCUUUACAUUGGAAGUCUUUUACUCUUUUAUAACUGGUUACUUACUAAUCAUUGGUAUUAAUAAUAAAGAAAUGACUGAAUAUUA